ACCACUGACACUAAGAACACGCGUGCCUCUUUCCCUUUUUACCGGAGGUGGGCAACGGGGGAAUAUCUAAAGAUAAUUGCAUUGAUCUCGGAAGGCUCGCCUCGCGGCAGAUGCGCGAGGAAGGUGUCCGGGCUCGUUACGCCGUCCUGACGCAGCGCCGUAGCGACGACGCUUUUUUUUUUUGUCACGGGUGUCUGGAUGAGUUGCAGCCUCCGCUCAGCCGCCGUUCAACGCUCCGUACCGAAGGCUCGGCAGGUGCCCACGUCGACGCUCGUUGGUCCGGCUGUUCGGAAAGCGUGGCUUGUAAUAAAAAAAAAACCGCGAGGUGCAGGUAAAGGUCGGCGGCCCCCCCCCCGUGAGAGAGCCCGUCGCUGCCCGGUGACAAGGAGAGGGCGGUUCGCGUAUCUGUUGCCAGGGUGAAUUCACGAACGCGUUAGCAUCCGGCUAGCUAGCGAGUUACAGGUCCUUAACCUAAAAAAAAAACAAACAAAAAAAAACGAGCCUGCUCACUUAAAUCAUAAAUGUCAUCUCACGUUCGUGGCCGACAGCCACCGACACGCGCCGCGGCUACAUACGGGUCCUGGCCUCGCGCGGAGAAAUUACGACCGAAGAGGAGCGUUCACGCGCAGGAAUGAGUUUCGUGCAAGACUGAGGGAGCUAACGGCGGCUAGCAGGCUAGCUCGAUGCCCACAGCCCCGCAGACUAUGCGGCUGCCGCGCAAGCAGCCGCCCCGCCAGCCGACAUGGGGCUUUUAGAGCUCGGCCGCUCCGCGGGGGCUUCGGAAUAGUACUACGUACGAUGACACUACGCCGCGGCCCUUUAAUUAGCAGCUAAGGAGGCCGUUUGCGACAAUGGAGUCUUUCCUGCAGAUAGCGCCCCAUUCUUUGGCCAUAGUGCUGUCCAGGGUCGGGUCCGGGGAGGCGGCGGGCGCCGCCGGCGUGUCCGAGAGCGACGAGCUGCCCAGGCACCACACGGGCUACGAGAUUUUCGCCGACUUCAAAGCCGAAAACUCCCAGCAGCACGUGUGGAACCAGCGGAUUACCGACGCCGUGUCGGAGACCUUCUUCCUGGGAUGGAUAGACGAGCACGUGCUGCUGAUCCAGGGGAAGGAGGACCAUCUGGAGGUGCUGAGGGAGGGAUGGAUGCGGAGGUCGCUCAAUCCGCCCCGCGGAUUCACCAUCAAAUACUUGGGUGAUGUGUCACCCAUCAGUAUGUCCCCCAUCAGCCAAUCACAGUUUGUGCCUCUGGGCGAGGUGUUGCUGUUGGCUAUCUCUGCUAUGAACUCUGCCCACAAACCGGUGACUCAGGAGGCCCUAACCGAACACCUGCAGACAUGUUUUCCAGGGGUCCCCACGCCAACGGAGGAGGCUCUGCACCACACUCUUAACAUGCUGGUGCGCGAGCGCAAGAUAUACCCCACGCCGGACGGAUACUUUAUCGUUACCCCCCAGACGUACUUCAUCACUCCCAGCCUAGUCCGGACCAGCUCCAAGUGGUACCACUUAGAGGAGCGCUCGGCUGAGCGGCACCAGCACCAGAAGCAGCAGCAGCAUCAGCAGACCCAGUGUACCUCCCCCCUCUCUGGCACCGUGACCCCGUCCGCCUCCGGGGCGCGCGACCGCACCCCGCUCCCGAAGAGCGGCCAGAACCACUGCGGAGCAGGCGAGGACUUUUUCUACGGCAGCCCCCGCGCGGAGGACCCCCCCAGCCACCACACGACCCUGCAGCGCCGCUCCCCCAAAGACCACCGGGACAUGUACUCCUCGCAGCACUCCCCGCAAACGCCCCUCCAGCAAGCCGGAGGCAACACGGAAAAGAGCAAGAGCUCCCUGGGGUUUCCGUUUAAGACGGACACGCUCAACAAGCACCGGGGGGGGCUGGUCGGGGGGGGCGGCGGCGCCAGCGACGCCGAGAAACAGGCAGGGGGGAGCGGUACGGGGAGUCGCAAGUUUGGCCUGAAGUUGUUCCGCCUCAGUUUUAAAAAGGACAAAACCAAACAGCUGGCCACCUUCUCUGCUCAGUUCCCCCCCGAGGAGUGGCCCCUCCGGGACGAGGAGGUGCCCGCCCAGCUGCCGCGCCACGUGGAAAUGGAGAUCAUCCGGAGGAUCAACCCCGACCUGACGGUGGAGAACCUGGCGCGGCACACGGCCGUCAUGAAGCGCCUCGAGGAAGAGCGCGCCCAGAGGAGCAAAGCCUCGUCGGCCAAUCACAGCUCCCGGAGCCGAAGAAGCGGCAGCAGGCACAGAAAGCAGUCCCAAACCAAACUCAGCCGCUCGCACAGCAAGAGCCGGGCGUUCCGCUUCGAGGCGAGCGAGGGCGCCCACGCGGAGCCCGCCGACAGGGACUACAGGGGCUACUCCUCCUCGCUGGUGCGCUCGCCCCGCGAGCAGGCCCUGGCCGCCGAGCGCCAGAGGGCCCGGCUUCACCUGGCCCACAGCAUCCCCAACAUCCUGGACCCCUCCCACCUACCCGUCACCCCGGAGUGGGACGUGUCGGGGGAGCUGGCCAAGCGCCGCACGGAAAUGCCUUUCCCCGAGCCCAGCCACGUCCCGUCGGCGCACCACUCCAAAGUCCACCGCUCCCACUCCCACACCCAGGAGAGGAAGUCCCGGAACGAGCGCAGCGGGAAGGCCAAGGAACGCUCCAGGUCCAUGGACAACUCCAAAGGGCCGCUCGGUGCCGGACUGAUUGGACCGCCCGAUUAUUAUGACGACCGGAGCCGCUACUACACCGACGACGGCACACUGCGAGCCAAUCAGAGCUCCUCUCUCUACACUCGCUCCACACUUUCCACAGCUAAGAUAUCCGGGGACUCCCUGGCUUUGGAUGGUGGCAGGAACUUUGACAAAGGCAAAAGCAGGGAGAGCUUGCCCAUGUACUCGCCCAAACCACUGAUUGCCUCCAACCCUCCCGACGAAUACUUCCAGUGCUCCGGUAACCCCGAGGUUACUUUUGCAGCCACAAACACGCUGGGUACUCUCAGCAAAAGCAACCACGAAAGUUUAAAACUGAGCAACGCCGACAGGCAAAGCGAGAGGCAGCCGUCCCACCCAGGGGACAACAAGGACGACUUGCAGAAGGCGGGCCCCAAAGGCGGCAGCCUGCCUCCCAUACCUCUCUCCGUCCUGGAGCCCUCCUCCGUUUCCAACGGACGGUCCGGCCACGGCGCCACCUCCAGUCAAGAGAAACACAAGGAGAUCUUCAGUAAAGACACGCUCUUCAAACCUCCUCCCAGCCUCCCUUUGCCUGGUUACAGCUCCUUGAGAAAACCCACAACGAAUGCCUCAACGACUCUUUCCUCAUCCUGUGACGCCCUCGAUUCCCACACAGGCUCGGAUGCCCCCAAACCACUGGUGGCCACGGCUUCUGCCCCGGCGCAGGGGCUGGAACUGCCCCCCAGCGCGGCAGAAGCCUCCUUUGACUACUACAACGUCUCGGACGAUGAGGAAAUCGUGGAGGGUGGGGCUAAAAGUCGAGAAGAGGGCGACAAGCCCGAGGGAAGCGUCGCCGGGUUACAAGGAGGGGGUGCAGGGACCAUGAAGUGGCUGUUGGAGAGAGAGAAGGCCAGGGACCUACAGCGCAGGUUUGAAAGAACCCUCACUUUCUCUGGUGCUAAGGAGAACCUCCCCGAGCCCGGCCAGAGCCAGCAGUCGGCUCACUCGGCGAGACUGGACAGCAUGGACUCCAGCUCCGUCACUGUGGACAGCGGAUUCAACUCACCACGGACAAGAGAGAGCCUGGCGUCGAACACUUCCUCGAUAGUGGAAAGCAACCGGCGGCAGAACUUGGCGCUGAGCCCCGGCCACCUCGGGAUCACCACGGGCAACGGCCCCCCUUUCUCCUUCCGCGCCAUUUCGGAGCCGGCGGGCACCCAGACGGACAAACUCCAGAAGCCCAACGCCUGCCUGGCGUCCAUCACCAGCGUGUAGGCCUGGAGCUGAGGAGCUAUGGGGCCAGGCCGAGCGUGAGACCGGAGGUCAGGGGACCGUUAGCCCCGCCCCCCCCCGAGACCGGCGGACUGAGACACUGGAGCUGCAACAGGUCCACUGUGGAAGCGACACUCGUUUAACACCCGCACACACGCAUAUACACACUGAUUACGAACUGGACUCCGACGUCUCUUUAACACUGAAAAGUAGACGCCCGCACACACACACACACACACUUCCAUCAAACCACUGGGUUAACUGAUCGUGUUACUCGACAGCCUCUAGUUUACAUGCUACCGUUCUUGUGUUGUUUUACAUACGUGUGUUCUAGCUGUGGAUGCGUGCGUGCGUGUGGGUGUGCGUGUGUGUGUGUGUCGGUGUACUGUAAGUAUUAUCUGUAAUCUCAGGUUCUGUUAUUCCACUCCCAUUCAGAGCAUCUUCCUGUGAGGAGCUGCAGCUCUGCUCCAGCUCCAGCUCAAUGCUUGUCUCUCCUCCAUCAUCUGCUACUUGCAGACACCCUUUAAGGCAAGAUUUGGCAGCCAACAUCUUUUUUUUUAUUUAAUUUUUUUUAUUUAAACGUGCUAGCUAGUUUGUGGCUGUUCCGUUUCCCUAGUGAAAAAAAAAACAGGAGUGGGUUUUUUAUUUUUUUAUUUAUUUUUUGUUCACGGGCCAGAUUUCCUGUUCUUUGAUUCGUACCACUGCAAAAAUAUGUCUGAAGACAAAAGCGUCCACUGCAAGGACUGACUAAAGACACCCAGUUGGCGGGUCGCUGAUGACGCAGCCACAGCUCCUGCAGGCGUUUUUGGAAAAGAGGUCAAAACUUUGGGAACAGUUAUCUAAAUAGGUGCUCACGUUGCCAGUAUUCCAUUUAAAAGUCCAUACCGAAACACUCCACAAAAGGAAAGAAAAGGAGAAGUAAGCCCAUCUUAUGCUUGUAGCUUCAAGUUUACAGAAAGGUGGAGGCGGUCAGCGCUUUCCACAGCCGGGCUUUAGGAAGGAAUGAGACGUCUGCCUACGGGCUCAUUUCCAAAGGAUGUUAUGCCGGGGGGGGGGGGGGGUUCCCCACGCCUGUCCCGGGGGUGGUAGACCGUGAGGAGUUUCUGAGAGAUUUGAAUGUGGUCCGCCUCACCAAAAGCUAAGAGUCACGCGGUCCACCUGAAAGGUUCCGGAGCGCAGAGGCUGUUAGCAUGCCCCGUAGACACUAAUGUUUUCUAGAUAAGGAGUAGUCCAAGAAGCUGUGCCUGUGUUGUCCAUGAACUCCACCUGAUUGUCACGCGCUCUCGACUGGAAGCGAGCCCCCGCCGGUCCGCUGCUGUCGGUAGAUUUCAUUGGUCUUUAACCAAAUGUUACUGGUCGUGUCUGUGUGCAGUCUUUAGUACGUCACCGCUGCUCAUGCUCUUCUCUUUCUUUCAGCCGCACUCUCAAGCAGGAGGAGCUGCAUUCGAAAUACGCCCCUAUAAAAAUUGAAAUACCAUUUGUCCUAUUUAAUACAUCUUCUCCAGUUUGAUAUGUUAUUGGAUGUGUUUAUUUCUUUUUUUAUUAGACUUACAAUUGCUGAAAAGUUGUAAUAUAAAAGUAACUGUCUUAUUGUAAGUAUUGAACUGGGGAGCUGAUGGGGAAAUUUUUUAAAUCUAAAGAAGUAUUGGUUUCCAAUAUUUACAAUAAAAUUUUACAUUCUAA